AUGCCUAUCGAUCACUUUGGAAUCCGUAUUCCCGCCUCAAAGUGGGCUGCCACAACUGCCUUCUAUGAAAAGGCUCUUGCACCCUUAAACUACACAGUCCUCGCAACCUUCGUCGACGGCGACGUCCUCGGUCUAGGUGACAAACACCCAGACCUCUGGCUCACUAAGGUUCCAGAUAGCGCUAGUGUUGGCGACGGAACACACUUCGCAUUCACGGCUGAGAAGAGGGAACAAGUUGAAGCGUUCCAUACGGAGGGUGUUAGUAGUGGAGGAUCCUGUAAUGGACCACCGGGGUUGAGACCUCAUUAUGGACCUACUUACUAUGGAGGGUUUGUGUAUGACCCUGCUGGAAACAAUGUUGAAGUUGUUACCCAUUCUCUUCAGUAA